UUGUCAGUCAACACUUCUUCAGAACCACAGUUCAGCAAGAUUGAAAACCUUUUUAACUACAAAAUGGCAAACUUCUUCAAAAUAUUCUUUGUCCUGACUUUGGUCUACAGCAUGGCGCAAGCUAACGGACUUGGUCUGUUAAGUCUCGGUGGUGACAACUGCGGUAGUUGCAAUGAUAACGGCGGCUGUAGAUCAAAUGGAGGUGGAGGCCUCAAUCUAAUUUCAGUUACGGGACUUUUGGGUGAUAAAUCUUGUAAUAACGGCUGCGGUAAUAGGGGUAUUGAUAAUGGAGUACCAGUAGCUCCAGUACAACCCGUACAACCAGUACAACCAGUACAACCAGUACAACCAGUACAACCAGUCAAUCCGGUAACUCCGGUAAGGCCAGUCAAUCCAGUAAACGGUUGUAAUUAAUUUUUGUUUUUUAGAUUUGUUGGGAAUUCCAACAAAUUAAUUAUUUAUUCUAUUUUGCUUUUAUGUU